CAGUUAGCGGUGGAGUUGGCGCUGUUUCUGCAGUGGAGGAGGGAAAGAAGCCGGAAAUCUGCACUGCUGACGAGCUGCAUCACGUGCCGGUUCCGGGCACCGGCUGGAAGAUCGCCCUCUGGAGAUAUGUCCCUUCCAAUGAGGCGCCGAAGAGGAAUCAUCCAUUGAUGCUGUUGUCUGGCGUGGGGACGAACGCGAUUGGAUUUGAUCUCUCUCCUGGAGCUUCAUUUGCUCGUCACAUGUCUAAACAAGGAUUUGAUACAUGGAUUGUUGAAGUGAGAGGUGCUGGACUGAGCAUGCGUAGUUGUGAACCCAAUGAAGCCAUUCAAUCUUCUGAUAAGCGUGCCAUAUCGAAUUUUGAUUCUACAGAUGAAGUAAACUCGACUGGUUAUUUAUCUGUGGGUGUACAUUCAACCGUGAACAUCACCCCAGAAAUAAACUCAACAAUCUCCAAGGUGAAUGGUAACCAGGGAGAGGUGACUUCUGGGGAUGAAUCACAGUUAGUUGCUAAGCUUACUUCUACUUUUAUGAAUUUAGCUGAAAGGCUUUCAGGUUAUUUAAAUGAAGGUCAACUAAGGACCAUCUCUGAGAAAUUCCUUGAGCAGAUCUCGAAACUCUUGGAAGAUGCGAGAUUAGCUGAACGGUUUAAUGAGAUUGCAGCUAAAAUUUCUAGUUUGAUUGAAGCAAGGCAGAAUUCUGCUGUUGCUGGCCAGCUCAGUGAACUGAGCCAGCGUCUUAUCAAAACAGUUGAGGAAGGCCAAAAAUCUGUUUCUCCGCAGCUGUUUGACUUGCAAGAGCGCCUUUCAUCUACCAUAGAAGAUUUUCAGAAACAGCUUGAUCUCAUUGUUACAUAUGAUUGGGAUUUUGAUAACUAUUUGGAGGAGGAUUUGACUGCUGCGAUGGAAUACAUAAGAGAACAUAGUAUGGUAAAAGAUAGCAAAUUGCUGUCAAUCGGUCAUUCGAUGGGUGGUAUCUUGCUAUAUGCUCUGUUAUCAAAAUGCGCUUCACAAGGAAGUAAAUGUGGUUUAGCAGCUAUUGUUACUUUAGCAGCAUCGGUUGACUACACUACCUCAAAAUCUUCGCUGAAAUUGUUGUUGCCUCUUGCGGACCCAGCGCAGGCUCUCAAUGUCCCAGUUCUUCCUUUAGGAGCACUAAUGACUGCCGCGUAUCCCCUUUCAUCUCGUCCACCAUAUGUUUUGUCAUGGAUUAAUAGUCAGGUUUCUGCACAAGACAUGAUGCUUCCAGAGCUAUAUGAGAAGCUUGUUUUGAAUAAUUUCUGUACUAUACCCGCCAAGGUUAUCCUGCAGCUAACAUCAGCAUUUCGGGAGGGAGGACUGCGCAGUCGAGCAGGCACUUUCUCUUACAAGGACUUUCUGCACAAAUGUGAUGUCCCUGUUCUUGCACUUGCAGGGGACCAAGAUCUCAUCUGCCCUCCUGAAGCUGUAUAUGAAACGGUGAAGCUCAUUCCUGAGUCAAAGGUUUCUUACAAAGUAUUUGGGAAACCGGAGGGCCCACACUAUGCUCAUUAUGAUUUGGUCGGAGGGCGACUGGCCACUAAUGAAGUCUAUCCGUGCAUUAUAGAGUUCCUUUGUCGUCAUGAUGAGUUGGAGGAAUCUUCUGAACGUUCAGACUGAUUGAGGUCUUUUCCCGAAAGAGAACAAGACUUGCGGGGGGCAUUUUAUUACCUUAUCCAUAUAUGCGAGGAGGUAUUGGCUUUUUAAUUCUGCUUGCCUCUUUAUAGUUGUAUUAUUAUUCUAGAAUUUUUAGUAGUAU